AUGGGUGCCCACCUCAGGAAUGGCCGGAACAUCUCCGUUGAACAACAGCAGCAAGAACUCCAACACCAAGAACGCGAGCAGCAACCCGACAGCAGAGCCGGAGACGAACCUUCUGGAUUACAGCAAAGCAAUGACCAGAGGUACUCAUUCAGCCCAGCCGCAGCCGAGCGGCUUCAAAGACUUAGGCUCCAGUCUGCCAUCAAUUACCGGCACCGCUACGAGACCACAGGCGGCCGAAAAUUUGAUGUCGGAUCAAGGAAUUUCACCUGCCUUAAUCAAUUCGAGGGCAACUUCCUUAGCGCUGGACACCAUGUCCAACAGGUCGACGCCCGUACCCCAUCCAAUAGACGACAAGUCUUCCCGGUCAAUUCGACUACCGCGAUGGGUCGACAGAUACUAUCUCCGACCCCUCAUCAACCAAGUCCAAGCCCGUUCCUAGCUACGAGUCCAUCUCCAGCCCCUCUUGGUCCAGAAGAUAUCAUAGUGGACAACCAAGACCUGGAGACUGUGAUCAAUCUUCUCAACAAGCAAUGGAACACUUUCGUCCAAGCUCGAGAAAAUCAGAACCCCCGAUUGAUGAGAAUGGCCCUAGUACAAGCGGCAUCCAGCCAAAAAGAGAUCCGGCUCUUAGCGGGCGGGGCAGAAAUGCUCAGGAUCUGCAAAAAUUGGAUAGCCAGAGAGGAGGUAGCGGAUCUGGACAGAGCUCAAGCUACCAGCCAAAACCGAUCUCAACGCCUGGCAAUAACGCAAACAGCCCACGAACACACUCUCCUCAGCGAAACAACCCAUUACCUCCACCCCCGCCACCGUCUACUCAACCCCCAUCGGAGGUAA